AUGCCUCUCCCGGUGCAAGUGUUCAGCCUGCAGGGUGCUGUGGAGCCCAUGCAGAUUGAUGCUGACCCUCAAGAUGACCAGCAGAAUGUGCCUGAUAUCAACUAUGUGGUGGAAAAUCCAACUUUGGAUCUCGAGCAGUACGCCUCCAGUUACAGUGGUCUCAUGCGGAUUGAGAGGUUGCAGUUUAUUGCUGAUCGGUGUCCACAGCUGCGUGUUGAGGCCUUGAAGAUGGCCCUGUCUUUUGUGCAGCGGACUUUUAAUGUAGAUGUUUAUGAAGAGAUUCAUCGCAAGUUGUCAGAAGCCAUCAGAGAGCUACAGAAUGCACCGGAUGCUUUGCCUGAGGGCUCGUUGGACCCUCCUCCUCUGGACACAGCCUGGGUGGAGGCCACUCGAAAAAAAGCACUUCUGAAAUUAGAGAAACUGGACACUGACCUAAAGAAUUACAAAGGGAAUUCAAUUAAAGAAAGUAUAAGGAGGGGUCAUGAUGAUCUGGGAGAUCAUUACCUGGACUGUGGAGAUCUUAGCAACGCUCUUAAAUGCUACUCUCGAGCCCGGGACUACUGCACUAGUGCUAAACAUGUCAUCAAUAUGUGCUUGAAUGUUAUCAAGGUCAGUGUUUACCUCCAAAACUGGUCCCAUGUUCUCAGCUAUGUCAGUAAAGCAGAAUCAACACCUGAAAUUGCAGAGCAACGGGGAGAAAGAGACAGCCAGACCCUGUCAGUGCUUACAAAGUUAAAGUGUGCUGCAGGCCUGGCAGAAUUAGCUGCACGUAAAUACAAACAGGCAGCAAAAUGCUUCUUGCUGGCAUCGUUUGAUCACUGUGACUUUCCAGAGCUGCUUUCCUCUAGUAAUGUCGCUGUAUAUGGGGGACUUUGUGCACUGGCCACUUUUGAUCGCCAAGAACUUCAGAGAAAUGUAAUCUCUAGCAGUUCUUUCAAGCUGUUUCUGGAGUUAGAGCCUCAAGUCCGUGAUAUCAUCUUUAAAUUCUAUGAAUCAAAGUACGCCUCCUGUCUAAAGAUGCUGGACGAGAUGAAGGAUAAUCUUCUUCUGGACAUGUACUUGGCUCCUCACGUCCGAACACUUUAUACUCAGAUCCGAAACCGAGCUCUUAUACAGUACUUUAGCCCUUACGUUUCUGCGGACAUGUACAAAAUGGCCAUUGCCUUUAACACAACUGUCUCCGCCCUUGAGGAUGAGCUAACGCAGCUGAUUCUGGAAGGGUUAAUCAACGCCCGCAUUGAUUCCCACAGUAAGAUCCUAUAUGCCCGAGAUGUUGACCAGCGCAGCACUAUUUGAGAAAUCAUUACAAAUGGGGAGAGAGUUUCAGAGACGAGCCAAAGCCAUGAUUUUGCGAGCUGCUGUUCUACGUAAUCAAAUCCACGUUAAGUCCCCUCCUAGGGAAGGAAGCCAAGGAGAGCUGACCCCAGCUAAUAGCCAAUCCCGGCUCAGCACCAACAUGUGA